AUCCCACAGAAGCCCAUGGGGUGCCCCAGACGGGCAGCACUGCUCCUGCCUUCCCUCCUGCUUCUCAUCGACCUCUCUGCCUCCACUGUCAGGACUGGCUCCCCUUACCUGCCCUGCUGGAGCACCCGCUGUCUGCUGGCCUCCCACAUGGAUGACAGUUUGUCUGGAAGCUCUGCCCAUACUCUUUGCCAUACCCGGUUGGCCCUCCUUCUCUCCACAAAGCCCUGGUGUGCUCAGGUCCAGCACUGUGCUUGGUAUUUGUGCCUCCGGGUGAUGUCAGAUCUUUCAGGCCUUCAGUGGGGCUGGUUCCACUUCCUGGUGCGGAAAUCCAAAAAGUCUUACAGGCUGAAGUUCUGUAGGGGACACAGGUUGCCAACAUCUGCCCAGAGGAAACUGCUGGGUAGCUGUUGCCUGUCUGAGAAGGAUAACAUCUCUGUCCCCUCCCCACACAUCCCUCACAAGGGGCUGCGCUCUAAAAGGACCCAACCUUCAGAUCCAGAGGAAAAGGAAGGUCUCCCGAAGCUGGUCUCACAGAGACAUAUAAGGCCGGAGUUCUCCUUUGAUUUGCUGCCUGAGGCACGAGUUGUUCGAGUGGCCAUUCCUCCAGGCCCUGAGGUCAGCGUGCGUCUUUGUCACCAGUGGGCACUUGAGUGUGAAGAGCUGAGCAGUCCCUUUGAUACUCAGGAAAUCGUAUCUGGGGGCCACACUGUAGACCUGUCUUAUGAAUUCCUUCUGCCCUGUCUGUGCAUAGAGGCAUCCUACCUGCAAGAGGACACUGUGAGGCACAAAAAAUGCCCCUUCCAGAGCUGGCCUGAAGCCUAUGGCUCGGACUUCUGGAAGUCAGUGCAUUUUACUGACUACAGCCAGCACAGUCAGAUGGUCAUGGCCCUGACACUCCGCUGCCCACUGAAGCUGGAGGCCUCCCUCUGCCAGAGGCAGGGCUGGCACGCCUUCUGUGAAGACCUCCCCAAUGCCACGGCUCGAGAGUCAGAGGGGUUGUAUGUGUUGGAGAAGGUGGACCUGCACCCCCACCUCUGCUUCAAGUUCUCUUUUGGCAACAGCAGCCACGUCGAAUGCCCCCACAGGACUGGUGAGCCAAUAACCCCAUCCUGGAAUGUGAGCAUGGACACCCAGGCCCAGCAGCUGAUCCUUCACUUAUCAUCGAGGACGCAUGCCACCUUCAGUGCUGCCUGGAGCCACCCAGGUGCAGGGCAGAACAGCUUGGUGCCCCCCGUGUACAGCGUCAGCCAGACCCAGGGCUCAAGCCCAGUGACACUAGACCUCAUCCUUCCCUCCCUGAGGCCAGGGAGCUGUGUCCUGGUGUGGCGGUCAGAUGUCCAGUUUGCCUGGAAACACGUCUUGUGCCCAGAUGUCUCCCAUAGACGUCUGGGACUCUUGAUCCUGGCACUGCUGGCCCUUACCACCCUACUGGGCAUUGUUCUGGUCCUCACCCACCGGCGCCCACUGUCGGGUCCCGGCCGAGGGCGGCCUGUGUUGCUUCUACACGCGGCGGACUCCGAGGCGCAGCGGCGCCUGGUGGGGGCGCUGGCUGAGCUGCUGCGCGCCGCUCUGGGCGGCGGGCGAGACGUGAUCGUGGACCUGUGGGAGGGGAAGCGCGUGGCGCGUGUGGGCCCGCUGCCGUGGCUGUGGGCUGCAUGGGCGCGUGUGGUGCAGGAGCGGGGCACCGUGCUGCUGCUGUGGAGCGGCGCGGGCCCCGGCCGGGCCCGUGGCUACGACACCAACGCCGCGCCACUGCGCGCCCUGCUCAGCGCCGUCCCGCGUCCGCUGCUGCUACUUGCAUACUUCAGUCGCCUCUGCCCCGAGGGCGACAUCCCCCCACCGCUACGCGCGCUACCACGCUACCGCCUGCUGCGGGACCUGCGGCGCCUACUGCGGGCGCUGGACGCGGCACCCUCGACCAGAGCCACAAACUGGGGCUGCUUCGGGGCCCGGCCGUGCCUCCGGGGUCGCCUGACGCUGUGCCACCGGCUGGAACUUGAGGCCGCGAAACCUGCCGACCGAGGCUGA